CUCCGCGCACACACAGACACACAAAUACGGUGCGUGCGCCUCCGGGAGUCAGCGCCUCCGCCUUCAGGUUGCUCAGACCUGAAACCUACGGGGAAUCUCAGCGUUCUUGUCGCCGCUCCUGCUGGUGGAAGCGGUGAAGAGGAGAGAUUUUUAUUACUAUUGUUAUUAUUAUUUUUUUUCCCCCUUCUCCUUAUAUUCAAUGGAUCGGAACUUGGAGUCUUUGCACCUCGGCGGUUUCGGAAUAUCUACAUGCUGAGCCUCUUUGUUGUGGCACAUCGGCUCGUUCGGUGGAACCAUCCGGAGACGGCACGAUGUUCCUCGCGCUGCUCUACUUGGCUCUGCCCUUAGCGGACGUACUUCUGUCCGCAGAAGUCAGCGGGCUGCCCGGAGGGGACCGCCUCGACUGUGUGAAAGCCAGCGAUCAAUGUCUCAAGGAGCAGAGCUGUAGUACUAAGUACAGGACACUGAGGCAGUGUGUAGCCGGCAAAGAGAGCAACUUCAGCAGGGCGACAGGCCUGGAGGCGAAGGAUGAAUGCAAAAGCGCCAUGGAGGCUCUCAAGCAGAAAUCUCUGUACAACUGCCGCUGCAAGAGGGGCAUGAAGAAGGAGAAAAACUGCCUGCGUAUUUACUGGAGCAUGUACCAGAGCUUACAGGGAAAUGACUUGCUUGAGGAUUCCCCCUAUGAACCAGUUAACAGCAGGCUAUCAGACAUAUUCAGGCUAGCACCGAUUGUAUCAGUGGAGCCAGUACUUUCAAAGGGGAACAACUGCUUGGAUGCAGCAAAAGCUUGUAACCUAAAUGAUACCUGCAAGAGGUUCAGAUCUGCUUACAUAACCCCCUGCACCAGCAGCACGUCUAAUGAAAUCUGUAACAAGCGGAAGUGUCAUAAGGCCCUCCGGCUAUUUUUUGACAAAGUUCCCCCAAAGCACAGCUACGGGAUGCUCUUCUGCUCCUGUCGAGACGUAGCCUGUACAGAAAGGAGGCGGCAGACUAUUGUUCCUGUGUGUUCAUAUGAGGACAGGGAGAAACCAAACUGCCUGAAUUUACAAGAAUCCUGCAAGAAGAAUUACAUCUGCAGAUCUCGCCUUGCAGAUUUUUUCACAAACUGCCAGCCUGAGUCACGCUCUGUUAGUAGCUGUCUGAAGGAGAACUACGCUGACUGCCUCCUCGCUUACUCGGGGCUUAUUGGCACAGUGAUGACACCAAACUACAUAGACUCAAGUAGUCUCAGCGUUGCCCCAUGGUGUGACUGCAGCAACAGUGGUAAUGACAUAGAUGAAUGCCGGAAAUUUCUGAACUUCUUCCAGGACAACACAUGCCUUAAAAAUGCAAUUCAGGCUUUUGGUAAUGGUACUGAUGUGAAUGUGUGGCAGCCGAUUUUACCGGUACAGACCACAACGGCCACAACUACAACAGCUUCCAGACUUAAAAACAUAGGUUCAGAGACCACCAACAAUGAAAUACCCACCCACAACGAUUCACCAGCAUGUGCAAACCUGCAGGCACAGAAGAAGCGGAAAUCCAAUGAAUCUGUAGAUGCAGAACUCUGUCUUAAUGAGAAUGCUAUUGGGAAAGACAACACACCAGGAGUCUCCACCAGUCACAUAUCCUCGGAGAAUUCAUUUGCUCUUCCUACAAGCUUCUAUCCAAGCACACCACUCAUUCUGAUGACAGUUGCACUCUCACUCUUUUUGUUCCUAAGCUCAUCAGUCGUCUUGUAGCUGCAUUGCAAAAGGACAUGUAAAAAAAAAUCUCUUUCCUGUCCUCUGUUGUUUAUCUGGAAUUCCAGGUCUGGGGGCUAAGCUGAGGCACUCCUGCUAGAACAGUUUGUCAGCUGGAAUUUUUUUUUUCUCUCUAAAAAAGCUUCUUGUGAUAUUUAGAGGCUUUGUGAAAUACUUGGUGCAGUGCUACAUUCCAAACCCAAGAGGCUUUUGGGCAUGCAGUGUUUUAAAGAGACGGUGUAUAAAUUUGCCUGUGAAGCAAUCUGGUUGGAUUAUUUUAAUAAUUAUAUUAAUUCUGGCUUUUACCUGAGAAAGGAGGAUGGUAGUUUUUUUAAGAUCCUGUUUAUCUCAUUGGAUGGUUUUGGUUUUCAAAUUGCUCAAACUCCAGAUUAUCAAGGAUGCCAGGCUUUUGUCUAAUGGUGAAUGUUCUCCCAGAGAGUGGACUUUCUGAAACUUCAUUUGAUACAUUGCUACUGAUGUUAAACUCUUUCAGUGUAUUAGCAUUUUCCUCUUUAAAUGUUUAUGUACUGUAAGUGAUUCUGCGUUCCCUGCUGAGAAGCCAUUCUAAUUCGCAUACAGGUAUAAUGUAUGUCUUUCAGUUAAAUUCUCAUAGUGUGGCAUAGAACUUUCUAACAAAACAUUUAUCUUUUAAUUAUAAUCAUCUAGCCUUAACGAGGGUGAAGAUUCUUUAAAUUAACAAGAAGCAGCCAUUGUGAAAGUUCCAUAAACGUACAUUUCAUAAACUUCGAUGAUGAACAGUAGAAAAAAAAAUUUGCUGCAGGGUUUCAGUUGUACAGUCACUGAUCUUCUAUGCUUCCAUUGUGACAAUAUAGCCCAAUUAUUAUACUGUUCAUUCAAUAAAAAAGAUAGGCAUUUUAUUUGCUCUACUAAAACAACACUAUCUGUUUAUAUAUAGCUGAUAAUGUCAGCUCAGAAAGUUACAGGAACGUCACACCUUACUUCUCUUACUGCUCUCACAACAUUGUAGAGGGAAAAAAAAAAAAAAAAAGGCAGUAGGAUAUCAUUUAAACCGUGGUUUAUUACUGAGACUGUAAAACCAGCACAGAAGGAUGGUUGAUCCAGUUACAAGGCAGCAUCAUGCACACUCACCCAUGUGACAGGCGUUUCUCACCCUCAUAGUCCUUACUGCAGCCCCUGGGAUUGUUGACAUGAUGAGCUGUUUGCAAGACCUGUUCGUAAAUGUUUAAAUGAUGGCAAUAUUGCCAGCAUACGUGAUUUGAUCACUUUGGCUUUCAUUCAGUGACACUGACAGCAUGUGCUGGCUCAUGGUGACUUUCUGCGGUACCUGGAAGGGAUUCUUUAAAGCUUUAAGUGUCAUCAAACAGGCACUGUUUCUCCUGAGGGCUGUCCUUAUACCUUCCUGUGACGGCUUGGUGACUGUUACAAGCAGUUGUGUCUGAAUGAUCAACAGUAAUCGUUUUUUGUUUUUCCUGGAGUAGGAGCUAAUUUUACCAAGCAAAGAGUUCAGCAUGCUGAAUGUACAGAUUUACAUUGAGACUUACACAAUACCGCCCAAGCCUGCUUUGAAAUGCCUGGAUCUGUUGUUUGCUAUACAACUGUAAGGUACAAAUUACUGUUUUAUGAACAACAAUGAAAUUUGGGAGUCUGCAGAAUAGGCCUUUUACUAAGAGAGCAUUAAGCUAUUGUCCAGUUCAUCUUUUGAGCCUUUUCUUAGCUAAUGGCAAACACUUUCAGAAAUUAUAGAAUUCACUUAUGUACUCUUGAUUAUGGUCACAUGAUAUAGGUUUCAAAGCACUGCGUAUGUGAUAGAAUUCUAGGAUACUCUGUGCCACUGAACAUAACAAAUUAGACACUAUUACUCUUUAAUUCUGUGCUGAUAAGAAACUGCAAAUUACUUUCAAAGGUGUCAGAACUGCUUUUGGAGAAGAAAUAUAUAGCAUAUCAUUAACAGCAAAGCCCAUGUGGUUCCUAUUGCUCUUCUUGUAGAAACUAAUCAAAUUAUUGAAAACUAGUGACAACAGAAAAAAAGAUAACGAGAUUCAUGAUUUAAAAAAUAAAUCAAAUUAUUUUAUGUCAAAAGGAGCUGAUAGUAUAACCUAUUGAAAUGGAAAUGAACAUAGCGUUACAAUCCCGAAGUCUGACAUUACCCAAUUAAAAAUAUUUUCAAAACAAAUUCAUAAACAUUACAAUUAUUAAAUCCAUCUUUGAUCCACAAAGCUUUCUUUAAAAUAUCAUUUGUAUUCAGCACAUUAAACACUUUAAGCAGUAUCAGGAAUUUUAAUAACCUCCCAGUAUAGCGCGUAGCUUUUUGAAGCUUUUAUACAUUUGGUUGGAUUACAGUAUCAGUAUUUAAUAUAAAUUAUUAGAGCUGUGACACUGUGUGAUCCAGAAUAAAAGCUAUUGAUCACUUAUGCUAUAAACAACAAUCUAAUUAGCUUCUGAUUACAAAAUAAAUGUCUAGUUAUCUGAUUCAAUGAGAGUUACCUUUGGAAAUACAAUUACGGAUACAGAAGAGGAGGAAAUGGUGUUUUAUAAAGCUAGCCAUGUUACCACAGACAACACAGAGCACUCAAGCUUUCUUUCCUAAAUUAAAAGCAUACUGAAUUCUUAAUUAAAAAAAAUAAAUUGCUUAUUAAACAGGCAAGAGGGAAAAAACCCAAAGAGUCUGACACUUAAUGAGGUUUUUACAGACAACAUCAUGAAAAUAUUGGAGGAUUUUUAGAAAUUGGAUGUGGUGUGGAUGAUGUCAAUUUACCGUGGUGACCUUGUCAAUGCAGUCAUUUACUACAGUACUGAAGUAUGCAGAUGAUUGUUUUAUUUUUCCUCUUCUAGCCACUAAACUGCCAUGUAUUGAGUGCUCAGCCAACAAGCUAAGACUGCCAUUUAUAUAGUCCUUUAACAAAUUAAUUUUACCAAUGUAGCGAUAAUAUAGGAACUGUCCAAAUACAGGAUGUACAUACAGAUGACCUACUGUUUAAAUUGUAAAUUUAACCAAUUCAGUUGUGUUUAAAUUAAAUCAUGGACUACCAUAAACAUUUACAAGUCAUCUUUUUCAUUUAAUGUCAUAGAACAGAUGUUGUCAUUAGUGUUAUUAGGAGUGUGUAUACACUGCCACGUUAAAUAGCUUGACUAGUGUGUUUUAUGUUUCUCCAUAAAAUUAGUUCUCAGAAAGAUUAAAUCCAGUCUGAACUGAAAUAUGUGGCUGAUGUUUUAGCAGUAUUUGAAUAGGUAUUAAUUCCAUGAAGAAAGAGGCAAGGAUGAUGAGCAUUUUAGGAAAAAAAAAAUACCAACCAAGGCUUUCCCCUGCCCCACAGAGGACCAGUGGAGAUGGAGACAUCCAGCACUGUACAGCCAUCAUGCAUGCAGUCCUGUGCUGUGUUUUGGUCAGGAAAGAGGAGCACAGCCCUCAUUGCACCGUCCGCUCGCUCAUUGCCUGGCUGUCUCCAAGGGAAUGGGGAGAGAGGUGCUGAGGGCUGUGCAGCAAGCCUCCAUCCAUCCCAUUGCACAGCUUCAUUCCCACUGUGUCAUUAGGAAGAAUUAGGGGAAACGGGAAUUCUUAGUCAUUUCAGAGCAUUUUGCAGUCUCUGUCUGGAGACUUAUUUCCAGCCUAUUUUGUUUUAAUGAACAAAAUGAGUUGUAAGACUCCUUGUAAGACUCAACCUUUAGAAAAUGAGGCUGUUCAUAAUUUGGGGAGAACUACAGUUUGAGUCAGUACACUGAAAACAUGAGCAUAGACAUUGUUUGGUUGCAAUUAGGCUGGAGAUGAACAAAACAGGAGGAAUCACCUUAAAAUCUCAGUCUGAUCUUAAUUUGUGAUUCUUAGCUUAAUCUCAGUGAUAUUUCCACAGAGAAGACAUGGUGAGAAACCAGUGAAGGAGAAGAGCAAAACUCAGAACAGCUCCCUGAGGGGACAUAAAUCAUGUGUAUGUCAAGUGACAGGAGCAUCUCAUACUUAGCACUGGGAUUCUUUGAAAUAAAAGAGCUGGAUUCUGUUAGGACCAGCAUUCCAUCAGAGUAAGCAGUAAAAGUUGGGAAUAUCUGCACAGCAAUUAGAACUUUCUUUAAUAAAUUCCAGUUGUUAUUUUUCUUCACCAAGGUGGAUCUACCUCGUUAAAAAAUAUGCAAUCACUGGCAGGACUUCUGCAUUAAAACUUCUGAAUAAAUGCAUCUGAGCUGAAGAGGCCCCCCAAGGUUGUUUUAUACCCAUGAGGUUAUUCAGAUUCUACCUGAUGUCCAUUACUUCAAACAGAAGUGUGUUUGAUUCUGAUGAACUUGGCAGAGAAAUUAAUCCAGUGACUUGUUAAAUAUUUCCCAUCUUUAAAUAUUUGCUUUUUCUUACCAGCUCCGUUCUUUCUAUGACAUUUCAAUUAUUGGCUAUUUCAGCUUCCCCUUUUAACUUCGGAAGGUCAUUUUUCUCCAUACUCAACAGUAAUCCACGUUUGCCUUAUAAACUUAUCUGUGUUUGUUUUUGUUUUGCUUUGUUUUUCAAUUACAGCCUCCUCUUCUGAGAAAAGAAGCUGUGAUCAGGAAUAUGUCUCUGCUGAACCAUCAACGCUUUUUCAGGCAGAGCAAAUUGCAAAUUCCUAUUUUAUCUGUUUAGCACUAGUUUGGCUAGUACAAGCUAAAACAUGAUGUUUCUAUUCCCCAGAUGGAAUUUAAAAUUUAGUUUGAUACUGAGUAAGGAUUUAAAAGUGUUAAACUUUCACAGUCUUUCAGAAAUAUUUAAAUAUUUUUAAUGUAUUUUCCACUUGGAAUUUCUGUCAAAUAGAAACAGUGUCACUAAAUAAUAAUUAUUUUUUUUCAAAGGUAAGAAGUUACACUGUAAAAUAUAGAUGUGUCCAUUUGAAGGUAAAAUCAGGGAGGGUGAUAAAUUCCCAUUUUUAUCUCAGUAUUGUCGCCACUUUCAUAUGCUCUCAUUCCAUGCUUUCUUCAUCUGGGAAUGUUUACCCAGGGGUGAUUAUACUUAUAAUACAUUACAUGUGGGCCAGUCAGUAAUCAGAAGGUAAAUCCUACAGCUCUUACUCAGAUGCUCAGCCUCUUGGAAUUCAUAAAAGCUGGAGCAAGAAAUUCAAGAUGUAGCCCAAAGACUAAAAUUCAAAAGAGAGCAGAGUCAACCAAUUACUCUGUAGUAUUGCUCAUUAAUAUAUAUUGUGGUACUAUAAUUCCGUGCCAUCUAAACUAAUCACUGAAGUUCUCUGAGCACAUUUGACCAGGGCAGCUGCAGUUUUGGCUCUUUCACCUUUGCCAGGUGCCAAUGGCUGAACUUUGCCAUGUAUACACUUAGAAGUAAUUGCUGCCUAAAUUGCAGCAGCCAAACCCAAUACCACUUCAGAAAGGGUUCCUUUGACCUCAUUUUCCCCUGCUUUUAGCGAUUCUAACAUGCUUCAAUUCUUUUACACAACAUUUCAAUCUCUCAGAAGGAGAAUUUCCUGUAAGUUGUAUAUGUAAGGGCAAAUAUCUUCAAAUUCCUCUUGUUGCAAUGCCACAAUAAUUGACCUGUUUGCAUACAGCCUUCCGUCCUGCCCAGCACCUUCAGUCCUUAUGAAACUGAGCAGCACUUUGGGGGAUUCAUCUUCCAGUAAAUGAAGCCAGGCUUGUUUUCAGGCCUCUUCAAGCCACUCAUUCUAAGAAUUGAUGGUAUGGUGUAGUGGAAACACUAAGUCACAGCUUCAAGCAGUGAUUGAGCACCUGGUAGAAGGCAGGGCCAACUCAGCUGAGCUCAGGUGUAUGCAGUUCAUCUGAGUGAUUGGAAGGGGUGGAGCCAGGAUCCACCCCUUCCCAGACCUCAUUUAAGGGUUGAUAUUGGAGGCAAAAGUAUCUUGCCUACUGGAGGUUUUCUGAAGGUAAGCUGUUUUUCUUUGUUUGUUUCUACAGCUACUGCACUUGAGCAUAUCCUUGCUUGCUGCAGCUUGGGACUCUGCUACCCUGCUGUGUUUGCUGUUUUUUUCCAUCACCUUGUAGUGUUACAUAUGGGUAUACCAUAAGUAAUGUUAGGUGGUGUUAUGCUGUUCCCAGUGUCAGCUGGUUCAUCCCCAGCAAUUCUCCAUUAUUGGUACUACUGAUGCAAAUUCCUUAUGGGCUCUUCUGCUGGACGUUGCUUUGAUAGUAGGAGAGGAUAUUUGAACUCCUGUGGUAAAGUGCAAAAAUGUUACCCCUUCUAUUGUUUCAUUCUUGUAUGACAUACAUCCAGUGUCUCUCUUUUCCUUCUAAAUUCAUUCAUUCAGCCUGCUUGAAUGCACCAGUGAGCUGAAAACAGUUGGCUGGUGCCACCCAGCUCUCAGUGACUUAGUCCAUCUCAGGUCAGCAGUUAUCUCCAUCUGUUUCUGUCUGACCAUUUUGUGGCCAGUGGCAUAUAAGCAGUACCAGAUAGGCACUACCAUGCUGCAGAAUUCUCUGGGUGGAGAUACAGAAAAGUAGGAAUGGUGGCACUAAUUCCUGACCUCACAGAAGCCAGAAAAAAGCUGGAACUGUGGCCUAAUUUUCAAAAUAAUAUGACAGUAUCAAUGUUCUCUUGUGGUUUGGAUUGUUACGAACACAUUAACCCUUAAUUGAACUUGGAAGGACUGUAGAGGUGGAAGAGGUGGAACUCCUAGAGGUGGAACAAAGUCCUUUGGAUUGCAUCUGGCAGUUGGGAGCACAAUAACCCAGACUGAGCUGAGAAAAAAUAAAGACAGAGGAACAACUGAAGGAAAAAAUAUGGUCUUGAAUUUUACAUUGCCUCCUCUCUGGGAAGGUCACAGCAGAAUUGAGGCAUAAAACCAACCUGUUAUCACUUCCCAGUACCAUCUACUGUUUCUCUUUAAGAAAAAAUAAAUCCUGAAGGCAGGCAGUGGAAGAAAUCACUUCAGAGCACUGCAACAUAUGGGAAACAUAACUGGUGGCAAUUAUUAAUCUCCAUCCUCUCCCCUCCCCCAGAGUUAUUGCUACUGAGUUUGAUUAACAGGAUUUGUAUGAUGUUUUGUGUGGCAUCACUUAGUGCAGAAAUGAUUAGCUGUGAUUAAUACUGUUCAUGCCGGGAAGGUGUAUGUUUCUUUCACUUGAGGCUGUGUCGAAGUUUGCAUUUUUUGUUGUGUAAAGUGCACAUCAUUGACGAGCUGCAGUGAAGAGGAAGUAGCAAGGGAAGGUUCAGGUAAAGUAAUUUUAGCUAUAACACAAUGAUAAGGGGAUUAAUUGUGAGUAGGCAGAAAGAAUGCAGAUAAGGGAAACUGGUAGUGUUUAGACCCAGGAUGACUGGCAUUCACUGUGAACUGAGGAUAUCCAAUAUGAGUAUUUUCCUACUUCUUUCAUAUUUUUUUUUUCCUCUUCUUUUUCUGUCUAGAACAUGCUUCCAUUUUUCUGGAGGAAAUUCUUACGCAAAUGGUUACCUUCUUGUGUAAAUUCUAUGUUGUCUUAUGGAUUUCUGUACAUCUCACUGCAGGUUAUUAUGAUGUGUCAGGUCUUCAGUCAUAAUGGCUGGUAAUUUGUUGUAAAAAAAAAACCUUAAACCACUGUUCACUUGUUCCUGUUGACUUAGACUUGCUCUAAGACCAUUGCUUUUUGGACCGUUCACACUUCUUCAGAUGUUUGGCAUUUUCUGUUAGCAUAAUCCUCCCACAUUAUUAUUGUACAUAUCCAGAAAACAAUCAAACAAUCCCUCUCAAUAAACGUUAUUCUCUUUUUUAUUAAAAAGCAUGUUUUUGUGACAGAUAUUUCCUGGUUGUUUGUUCUGUUUUGAAUUAUACAAAAGAAAGGCAAAAAAAAGAAAAGAAAAUACGCUUACUAAGGGUUGAUCUCAUUGUUCCCUGUUGUUUUACAGUCCACUAUGAUCUAAGAAAACAAGAAAUAAAGCUUUUCCCUUUAAAUA